AUAGCACAAACUUAUCUUUACCAAAAGAAAGAAAGUGCCCUGCCUGGGCUUUGUGUUUGUUUGAAGUUUGUGGAUUUCUUUAGACUUUAGAGAAAGAGAAGCAAGCAUUUAAGCUUUUGUAAGAGAAAAAACAGAUAACGAUUCCACUGCUGGGGCUUCAGAAGCCGUGACAAGUGGGACAUGGUGACCCACUCUAAUCACAGCACAGGAGAAACAGAGGCGAGUGAAUUUCUAUGAGUUUAUCAAGGCCAGCCUGGUGUAUGCAGUUCCAGGCUAGCCAGGGCUACACAAUGAGACCCUGUCUCCAAAAAAAAAGUGAUGGUAUCACUCCACAUGCUCCCUUGGAAAUUUCUGUGCCUGGAGCUAUUUUUCUGGAAUUAGAGGAAAGGGGAAUCCCUUCACUUGCUAAUUCCCACCGAAGAGAAGCAGCCCUGCUCAGCCCCACCCCCUCUACCCUCAAGUGGCCCCAAAUCCUCUCUGAAAGGGUUCAGUUCAAGUAUCAACAUAGGAACCUGUGAGGCUUAGGUUAAGUGUCCUGACUGUGGCGCGGCCAGCUUGCCCCACACACACAUUAGCUGGGCCGUAAGUACUGUCGAUGGUCCCAUUUGAGGUUAGAUCAACCCCAGACAUGAACUAAGGCUCCCCAGAGCUCUUGGAUUAGUCACAGCAUUGAAGAGAACAUUUCACUGAGCUACACCUGGCAGGGAGUCUGGAGUUUCUGGUUUGGAAGCUCAGGAAGGCGUGAGGCAGGGGAGGGGCCUCCAGAUAGUGGGAGGGCUGGUGGCUGGGGCUGAGCCCUCCUCUGCUGUGCUGCGCCCAGACUGUCAAGGAGUCCAGGACAAAGAGAAUAUCCACAGUCUCCUGGAAUUCACGCAAGGCAGCGCUCCACUGUGGUCACCUCAGCUGCUGCAUUUGUCAUUCUGAAGCCUCUGCUCGUCCUGCACCCCAAAGAUGGAGGUACUGCUUGGAGUGAAAAUUGGCUGCCUGCUUGCCCUUCUGGUUCUCACACUGGGCUGUGGCCUUGCUCCCAUCUACUUCAGAUGGUUCCAGAUGGAUGCAGCUACAGGUCGUCACUACAGAGUUCUCAGCCUCUUAGGCUGCAUUUCUGCCGGCGUCUUUCUGGGAGCAGGGUUGAUGCAUAUGACUGCUGAAGCCCUGGAGGGAAUUGAAUCAGAAAUUCAGAAAUUGGUGGUGCAGUACAGGAAGUACAGGCAACUCUUCUCGUGAUGCUGCUUCCGGUUACGUACGUAUCUACUGUUAGCGCCUGUCCGGAGAGUGAGCCCGGGAUUUUGCAAGCCCUUCUGAUGUGUGAGGAACCAGGAAUCUCUUCCCUCAGUUCAACUGUAAAGCGAGAGGGCGCCAACUAACCCUUUGCUUGUGGGCCCUCAGGAAAAGCUCUUGCUUCCCUUCCUACCCUGGACCGUCUAGUAUUUCUAACCCAAGAGAAACCUUAUCCCUGGUCCCUCUAGGUUUCUCACUUCUGCCUCAUUCCCUGCUCUGUUCCUUUACCACAUUUCCCAUUCUCUUCUCACUCCUGGCCCUGUGUCCAUCAAGUGCUCGAUCUCUUUCCCUCUUUCUGUUCCUAGGUGGAGUAUCCCUAUGGAGAGCUCGUCAUCUCGCUGGGCUUUUUCUUCGUCUUCCUUCUGGAGUCACUGGCAUUACAGUACUGCCAAGGGGAUGCUGGAGGAUCAACAGUGCGGG